UCCGGCCCCGCUGUGCUCCGCUGCGUCCCGGCCGCCGAUCCUCGGCGAUGCAGCGCGGCGCCGCCUGGGCGCUGCUCUUGGCCUCGGUCCUGGGGCUAGGGGCGCGCGGGGUUCGCGGCGCGGUGGCCCUCGCCGACUUCUACCCUUUCGGCGCGGAGCGCGGCGACUCUGUCACCCCCAAGCAGGACGAUGGCGGCUCGGGUCUGCGGCCGCUCUCCGUGCCCUUCCCGUUCUUCGGCGCCGAACACUCCGGACUCUACGUGAACAAUAAUGGGAUCAUCUCCUUCCUGAAGGAGGUCUCUCAGUUCACCCCAGUGGCCUUUCCCAUCGCCAAGGACCGCUGCGUAGUGGCAGCCUUCUGGGCAGAUGUGGACAAUCGACGUGCAGGUGAUGUGUACUACCGGGAGGCCACUGACCCAGCCACGCUGCGCAGAGCCACAGAGGAUGUCAGGCGAUACUUCCCUGAGCUCCUGGACUUCUCCGCCACCUGGGUUUUCAUAGCCACCUGGUACCGUGUGACCUUCUUCGGAGGCAGCUCCUCUUCCCCUGUCAACACGUUCCAGACUGUGCUUAUCACUGACGGCAAGUUCUCCUUCACCAUCUUCAACUAUGAGUCCAUCACGUGGACCACGGGCACACACGCCAGCAGCGGGGGCGACACCACGGGCCUGGGGGGCAUCGCAGCCCAGGCCGGCUUCAAUGCAGGUGAUGGGCAGCGCUACUUCAGCAUCCCCGGCUCCCGCACAGCGGACAUGGCGGAGGUGGAGACCACCACCAACGUGGGCGUGCCCGGGCGCUGGGCGUUCAGAAUCGAUGAUGCCCAGGUGCGCGUGGGGGGCUGCAGCCAUACAACCUCCGUGUGCCUGGCCCUGCGCCCGUGCCUUAACGGUGGCAAGUGCAUCGACGACUGUGUCACGGGCAACCCCUCCUAUACCUGCUCUUGCCUCUCAGGCUUCACGGGGAGGCGGUGUCACCUGGAUGUGAACGAAUGUGCUUCCCAUCCGUGUCAAAAUGGCGGGACCUGCACACAUGGUGUGAACAGCUUCAGCUGCCAGUGCCCGGCCAGCUUCGGGGGACCCACCUGUGAGACACCACUGUCUCCAUGUGACACCAGAGAAUGUAAGAACGGUGGCCGGUGCCAGGCGGAGGAGGGCUCAGCGGUGUGCCUAUGCCUGCCUGGCUACACGGGUGUGACCUGUGAGACGGAUGUGGAUGAGUGUGCCUCCAGCCCGUGCCUCAACGGGGGCUCGUGUGUCAACCUCGUGGGGAACUUCACCUGCCUGUGCACAGAGCCCUUCGAGGGACCUCGCUGUGAGACAGGAAACCACCCAGUGCCGGAUCCCUGCUUUUCGGCCCCUUGCCAGAAUGGGGGCACCUGUGUGGAUGCAGAUGAGGGCCAUGUGUGCGAAUGCCCCCAGGGCUACACCGGCCCCAACUGCAGGGAGAGAACCCCUGACCACUGUGAGUGCCGUAAUGGUGGCAGAUGCCUAGGGGCCAACACCACCUUCUGCCAGUGCCCCCCAGGCUUCUUUGGGCUCCUCUGUGAAUUUGAAGUCACAGCCACUCCCUGCAACAUGAACACGCAGUGUCCCGACGGGGGCUACUGCAUGGAGUAUGGUGGGAGCUACCUCUGCGUCUGCCACACGGACCACAACGUCAGCCACUCACUGCCAUCACCCUGCGACUCAGACCCCUGCUUCAACGGAGGUUCCUGUGAUGCCCACGAGGACUCCUACACUUGCGAGUGCCCCCGAGGGUUCCACGGCAGGCACUGUGAGAAAGCCCGACCACGCCUGUGCAGCUCUGGGCCCUGCCGGAACGGGGGCACGUGCAGGGAGGCAGGCAGCGAGUACCACUGCAGCUGCCCCUACCGCUUCACCGGGAGGCACUGCGAGAUCGGGAAGCCGGACUCCUGUGCCUCAGGCCCCUGUCACAAUGGCGGCACCUGCUUCCACUACAUUGGCAAAUACAAGUGUGACUGUCCCCCAGGCUUCUCUGGGCGGCACUGUGAGAUAGCCCCCUCCCCCUGCUUCCGGAGCCCCUGCAUGAAUGGGGGUACCUGUGAGGACCUGGGCACAGAUUUCUCCUGCCGCUGUCGAGCAGGGUACAUGGGACGCCGAUGCCAGGCGGAGGUCGACUGCGGCACCCCAGCAGAGGUGAAACAUGCCACACUGCGCUUCAAUGGCACUCGGCUGGGAUCCGUGGCCCUGUACAAGUGUGACCAAGGCUACAGCCUGAGCUCCCCCAACUACGUCCGAGUCUGCCAGCCACAGGGAGUCUGGAGCGAACCUCCACAGUGCCACGAGACAGAUGAGUGCCAAGCACAGCCCUGCAGAAAUGGAGGCUCCUGCAGGGACCUCCCAGGGGCCUUUGUCUGCCAGUGCCCUGCAGGCUUCACUGGAGUCCACUGCGAGACAGAGGUGGAUGGCUGCCACUCCAGCCCCUGCCAGCAUGGAGGCCGGUGUGAGAACGGUGGCGGGGCCUACCUGUGCGUCUGCCCAGAGGGCUUCUUCGGCUACCACUGUGAGACAGUGAGUGACCCCUGCUUCUCCAGCCCUUGUGGGGGCCGCGGCUACUGCUUGGCCAGCAAUGGGUCCCACAGCUGCACCUGCAAAGUGGGCUACACGGGCAAGGAUUGUGCCAAAGAGCUCUUCCCACCAACGGCCCUCAAGGUGGAGCAAGUGGAAGAGAGUGGGGUCUCCAUCUCCUGGCGUCCACCUGAAGGUCAGGCCGCCAGGCAGAUGCUCGAUGGCUACGCAGUUACCUACACAUCCUCAGACGGUGCCUACCGCCGCACAGACUUUGUGGACCGGAGCCGCUCCUCGCACCAGCUGCGCGCCCUUGCAGCCGGCAGAGCCUACAACAUCUCUGUGUUCUCGGUCAAGCGCAAUGCCAACAACAAGAAUGACAUCAGCAGGCCAGUGCUGCUGCUGACCCGCACACGACCCCGCCCAGUUGAGGGCCUCGAGGUCACCAAUGUGACAGCCAGCACCAUCUCAGUGCGGUGGGCUCUGCACAGGAUCCGUCAUGCCACUGUCAGUGGCGUCCGUGUGUCCAUCCAGCAUCCUGAGGCCCAGGAGGACCAAUCCACUGAUAUGGACAAGAGUGUGGACAGGUUCACAUUUGGGUCCCUGCUGCCAGGAAGGAGAUACACCAUCCAGGUGACUGCCCUCAGCGGGCUUGGGGGACAGGAGCCUCCCACUGAGAGCCUGGCCUCGACCCCACUGCAUGUGUGGACUCGGCCCCUGCCGCCAGCCAACCUGACGGCCACCAGAGUCACAGCCACCUCUGCCCAUGUGGUCUGGGACAUCCCCACUCCCAGUACCUUGCUGGAGGCGUAUGUCAUCAACGUGACCACCAGCCAGAGCACCAAGAGCCGCUACGUCCCCAACGGGAGGCUGACGUCCUACACGGUGCGGGACCUGCUGCCAGGACGGCGCUACCAGCUAUCAGUGACCGCCGUGCAGAGCGCUGAGGGUGACCAACUGCACAGUGAGCCUGCUCACCUCUACAUCAUCACCUCCUCGAGGGACGGCGCUGACAGACGCUGGCACAGGGAGGGACUGCAUCCCCGAGUGCUCAGAAACAGACCCCCGCCUGCACGCCUGCCAGAGCUGCGCCUGCUCAGUGACCGCGACGCGCCUGAAACCCAGACCCCGGCCCCCAGGUUCUCAGAACUGGUGGACGGCAGAGGGCGAGUGAGUGCCAAGUUUGGGGGCUCGCCUGGCAAAUCGGUCACCGUGAGAUCGCAACCCACGGCUCCGGUGCAGCUUGAAAACAUGGAGGAGGACCCGAAGCAGGUGCCUGAGCAGGUCAGCCUGGCCCUCCAGCUUCCUGAACACCGCAGUGACAAGGAUGGGGAAAACACCCCUGGGAACUGUUCAGAAAAUCCCUGUCAGAAUGGAGGCACCUGCGUGCCAGGUAUGGACACCCACAGCUGUGACUGCAACCCAGGGUUCAAAGGCAGACGCUGUGAGCUUGCCUGUAAAAAGGUGCCCCAGCCCUGCACUCGGCUCUUCUCAGAGACAAAGGCCAUGCCGGUCUGGGAAGGAGGCGCCUGUCACCACAUGUACAAAAGAGUCUACAAAGUACACCAGGACAUCUGCUUCAAAGAGAGCUGUGAAAGCACAAGCGUCAAGAAAACCCCAAACAGGUGCCAUCUCGGGGCGGAGGCCCACAAUGUGUCCAGCCUGUAGUGCAUAGGGUAGCAGGGCAAGGGGGGCUCGGGACUGAACACUGGGGGGAGCCACAGUCCUGUGGGCCAAGCCAGGCUGUCUUGUCUGUGCAAAUUUGUAGCCCUGCAUAGCACAUACCUGUACAUCUGAACACAUACAGAUCAGUAUAGCUGGGCAUGGUGGGUGCUGGGGGAGUCACACGGUGGAUCAUGAUGGGUGGGUCACACGGUAGGUGC